AUGUCGGAUAAGUACAAGAUCUACCAGCUUUUCGAUAAUGUCCAGUUUCAAGGCCGCGAAAUUGUUUACACCUACGAUUUUGGCGACAACUGGGAGCAUUAUCUGACCGUCACUGGCCGUGCAGACCCAACUGAUGACUUUGUGUGUCUGGGCGGAUCGGGUCAUGGUGUCGCCGAGGACGUGGGCAGCUUCCGAGGCUGGGAGCAGUUGAAGGAGAACUACCGGACCACCAACCCGAGUAAAGAGCAAAGGGAACGACGGUCUUGGUACGAAAGCAUGUCCAGCAAUAGUGAUCCAAGCGGUCUCUCUGGUGAUCGUGUCCACUACUGGGACUGCGAUCGGGUGAACAGGCUACUCAUGGGAGUAUCCAAGAUGAGUUUGAAAGAAUAG